AUGGAUCCUAAAUAUCUGCUGAAUUUAUUCAUUUGCAUUAUAAAUUUAAUGUCAAUCGUCCAAACCGAGGCUCGAAGUGUGUGCCGUUAUAGCUAUGGCUGUUACAUUUGCCGAACGGAUUCUGCAAAAGGAGGACGGUGUGAAAUUUAUCGUUACUGUUUCAGACAACGGAAUCGUUACAACAAAGUGCAAUGUCUGAGAUACAACCAGCGUUCUACACAAGAUGGUUGUGGUAUUCGUCCUACAAGGAAUAUCGUCGGAGGUUCAACAUCCACUGAAGGAAAAUGGCCUUGGCAAGUCUCCUUACAGAUGAAAGGUUCGGUUCAUAUCUGUGGAGCUGUGGUUAUUAAUCAAAACUGGCUGCUAACAGCUGCUCAUUGUGUCUACAGAACGGCAGCCCGUGAAUUCACUGCAGUUUUUGGAGAAUAUGACUUAGGAUGGAAAUCAGGACACGAACAGUAUCGCUCAAUUUUUCGAACUUUCGUUCACCCCUAUUUCAGACCAGGCGGAAAUUAUCCCAACGAUGUUGCUUUGGCUCAGUUGACGUCUCCAAUCCAAUAUACAGAUUAUGUAAGAUCGAUCUGUCUUCCAUCUCGAUAUGACAGUUAUGAUAACGACGAAUGUUGGAUUAGUGGAUGGGGUGCAACCAGAGGUACAGGAAGCAACCGACAACUGCGUGAGUUGAACGUGACCCUUUUGAACCCAAAUUUUUGUCAGAAUCUUUGGCACGGAACCAUUCGUCCACCACUUCAUAUCUGUGUUAAUUUUGGCAUAAAAGGAGCCUGUUCAGGUGAUUCUGGAGGGCCAUUAUCUUGUGUGCGAAAGUCUGAUGGCCGAUUCAUUGUGGCUGGUGUUACAUCUUGGGGCGACCGUUCGUGUCAAAGAUAUGGUUUCCCAAGUAUCUACACAAAUAUCAAAACGUUUGUUCCAUGGAUUCAGAAUGUAAUCAAAGCUAACAGUAGAAGUCCGAGGUAACUUAGACAGAACCG